CGCGGACGCAGUUCGUGCGGCUGCCGCGCUACUUUAGGUCGGGAUCAGUGGGGAGACCGCGGCUGCCGCAUCAGAGCUGACGUGGACGACGUGGGGCCGCCGCCGGCGCCGCGUAGCUGGUUUGCGGUCCCCACCUCCUCGCGUCCGUAAGCAGUGACGAGGCCGCUACGUAAAUCCCUUCGCGGUGGGAUAAAUAAAGAAGAAAACCGAGAAGGAGCAAAGCAUUGAUUACAAAUGUCUUAAUAAUGAACAAAUGUGGCAGGAAAAAAUAUAUUAAGACAAAUUUAAGACAAAUGACCAUGGAAACAGUUGAAUCUCAACAGGAUGGAAGUGUAACAGAUUCUGUGACAGAGAGAGAAUCUGCAAAUAUGCAGGCCCAGACUGGUCAAAAUUCAAUCCCUAAUUUAGCUCAGGUUUCUGUAGCUGGAUCAGGCACCGGAAGAGGCUCCCCAGCUAUAACUCUAGUACAGUUACCUUCGGGCCAAACUGUACAUGUCCAGGGCGUAAUUCAGACACCACAGCCAUCGGUUAUUCAGUCACCACAGAUACAAACUGUUCAGGUAGCAACAAUCACAGAGACAGAUGAGUCUACAGAAUCAGAAGGUGUAAUUGAUUCUCAUAAACGCAGAGAAAUCCUUUCACGAAGACCCUCUUAUCGAAAAAUACUGAAUGAACUUUCCUCUGAUGUGCCUGGUGUUCCCAAGAUUGAAGAAGAAAAAUCAGAGGGAGAAGGAACACCACCUAACAUCGCUACCAUGGCAGUACCGACUAGCAUAUAUCAGACUAGCACGGGGCAAUACAUUGCUAUAGCCCAAGGUGGAACAAUCCAGAUUUCUAACCCAGGAUCUGAUGGUGUUCAGGGACUCCAGGCAUUAACAAUGACAAAUUCAGGAGCUCCUCCACCAGGUGCUGCAAUUGUACAAUAUGCAGCACAGUCAGCUGAUGGCACACAGCAGUUCUUUGUCCCAGGCAGCCAGGUUGUUGUUCAAGAUGAGGAAACUGAACUUGCCCCAAGUCACAUGGCUGCUGCCACUGGUGACAUGCCAACUUACCAGAUCCGAGCGCCUACUACUGCUUUGCCACAGGGAGUAGUGAUGGCUGCCUCACCAGGAAGUUUGCACAGCCCCCAGCAACUUGCAGAAGAAGCCACACGCAAACGAGAGCUGAGGCUAAUGAAAAACAGGGAAGCUGCUAAAGAAUGUCGACGUCGAAAGAAAGAAUAUGUAAAAUGUCUGGAGAGUCGAGUUGCAGUGCUGGAAGUUCAGAACAAGAAGCUUAUAGAGGAACUUGAAACCUUGAAAGACAUUUGCUCUCCUAAAACAGAUUAGUAGAAAUAUUUAACUAUGAACUGAAUACAACAUGUACAAUUGCUUUUGAAGGCAAUACAAUAUGUAGCCGACAAGAAUUAUGGCUUUUUUCCUUUGUAUCAUUCAUCAUAUUCUCGAAUUUCUAACAUUCCUAAAAUGCUUCAUUGUACGUAGUUAACUUAGCUGUAACUUCAAUUUUUUAAAAGAGACAAACUACAAAAAAUUGUAUUUAACAAAUUUUUAAAAUGAAAUAUUUGUAAGACUUGUUCCAUUGCCACAUAUUUGCAGUUCCCAAUUUCUGUGUCCUCAAUAGUGUCCUAUGCAAUAAAAUUUUCUGCAGGUCUUUUAAAAAUCAUUUUAGGAAAGGAUGAUCAAAGGUAAUGCAUCUGGCAAUACAAUAAAAAUAAACCACAAAAAAUACUUUGGAAAGAAUGGAAAGAAACUGUGACAUGCCUUUAUGAAAAUAAGAGCCUAUAAAUGAACUUAUGGCAUUUGCAGAUUUUUAUAAUUAGUUGCUUUGUAAGGGAAAUAUUGUGUUACUGUCCUUGAAUGCCGUAGUUGGAGGACGUUCUUAAUAGAACCAUGUUGAUUACA